AUGAAGCUGAACGUGUUGUUGGGGCUCGGGGCUCUGCUCGUCGUCUUCCUCCCUCAUCACUCUGCCGACUGUCGCCCGGCCGACGCGGACGCGGACGCCGUCGCCACGGCAACAGGCCUACGCCUCCGCCCCCGGCCGAUGCUGCUCCACCUCAGGGAGGAGUUCUCCCUCCGGCUGGGGGGAGGCUCUGCUGCCUCCUCUCCCUCUUCGUCUGCCUCUCCCUCUUCCUCUGCUGCCUCCUCUUCAUCUUCCUCUGCCUCUGCCUCUGCCUCGGCGGUGAACGUGGCGCUGCUGCGGCUGAUGCAGCGCCUCCUGCAGGCGGCCGAGCAGCAGGAAGAGGAGAAGGAGAAGCGGUCCGAGGAGUCCCCCAUCUCUCUGGACCUGACCUUCCACCUGCUGAGAGAAGUUCUGCAGAUGGCGCUUCGGCAGUAA